AUGCGAGACGCUCCAAAAGGGAACAAUUCUGAUACGCCAGUCCGAAGUGCUGUAAUGAAUAAAACGUUUACUCCGAGUACCAGCUAUGUCACCAAGGAGCGGGGUAACCGAGUCAUGCUGGACGAUUCGAGGAUUGGGACGGAAGAAAAGCUGCUUGAGGAGCUAAGAGAAUUUCGUUGGGAAAUGAAAUCACGCUUUGAAGAGCAGUCGAAGGAAUAUGCACAGCUUCUAGACAGAUUUAUUAGAACGGAAUCGGAGGUACAAAGGAUAAAGCAGUCUAUGAAGUUAGUUUUAGAAAAGGUUAACAAGGUAGAUUUACUAGAGUCUAAACUGAAAACUUUAUUAAUGAGGAAUGAAUUUCUGGAAAACGCUCUGGAGACCGAGAAGAAGAAGAAAGAAACGAAGAGUAAUGAAGCUAAGGUAGGCCAGUCCAAAGAGCCAGUGCAAUCAUUUGUGGAUGCCGUUAAAAAAAAUCAAACGAAGAUAGUUCCACAAAAGUGUGAGGUCAUGAAACCGGCAGAAAUAAGAAUAAUCGAUGAAGAGAAGGGAAGUCAGAGUAACGCAGUAGUUAAUUGUAAUAACAGAUGUCUGGACCUAGUCCUUAGCGGGUUAUCGGCGGACGGUAGGGUGGACGUGCUCGAGUCUCCGGAGCCGCUUGUGCCGGUGGAUGUGCAUCACCCGCCGCUGGACAUCACGGUGUCACUGCGUUCAAACUGGCAUCGUCACGCUGACGGAGUAUUACCUGAGGCGAGUCUGAUUUAUAGUUCACACAGAGCGGAGUUGGACGUAAGCGCAGCCAUCGCAGCAGCAGGCGGGGAGAAUGGAGCGGCACGGGUCCACGUGGGCAGGCUGACUUUGGACGAGAUCUUGCCGUACAUCGACGGCUUCAACCACGUGUCGAAAAUAGCUGCUCUGAGCGACGUGGAGGUGAGCCUGGUGCGCGCCUGCGUCCAGAACCUGGUCUACUACGGCGUGAUCACCCUCGUGCCCAUCUUCCAGUACUGCGCUGUGUACAGUGCUACGCCCAAGUUGCGCCAGUUGACCAGGUGCGCUGGCCUACAACGGCAGUGCGUAGAGUUCUGCGCGCGAACUCCGCGCCAGCUGCCGAAGGUGAGCGACCUGUUCCGCAUGUACGCGGGCAUGACGCACGGCAGCACGGUGCGCGACCUGUGCCGCCGGCUGCGCCCCCAGGAGCUGGCCAUCAACGAGCGCAAGCUGGUGCUCUUCGGGGUGCUGGAGGGCCUCAUACGCAGGGUCUACAAGUACCCGAUAACGCUGAACAACGAAGACACCGCGUCCGUGAGGUCUGACCACAACCAGAACGUGGUGCGCACCUACAACGGGCUGGUGUGCCUGGACGAGCUCUGCUGCCAGGGCGGCCUCUCCGCCGGCCAGCUCGAGGAGCAGUUAGAGCGGGACAGCAACGUUGUUUUCAUCGUCAAA